AUGAUAGUUUUGAUUCCCAUAAAUUUCACCAGUGGCGAUGACAAAUACACUGCUUCGGGGUUGGACAAAUUGAGCCUCUCCAAUAUUUCUCAAUCCAACGUGACCAGAUUGAAUGCCCACUUUGUCAUGGGGCUUCUCACAAUAGGCUUGUUCCAUUGGUUGAUCAUAUACGAGUUCCAAAGCUUUGUCACCAUUAGACAAUCAUAUCUCCUUUCUGACUCUCACAAAAAUUCCAUCAUGGCAAGAACCUUGUUGGUCUUUGAUGUACCUCCGUAUUUGCAAGACAAAACCAUACUCAGGGACUUGUUUCAAGUGGUUCCUGGUGGUGUUCGAAAUAUCUGGCUCGUUUACAAUUUUGAAAAAAUCGAUCAUGAAGUAGAAAAAGCCCGCAAUGCAUUGAUGUAUUUGGAAAUGUCACAAAUGUUGAUAUUGACUAGGUAUUAUCGUUCAACUUGGUUAAAACUGAAUGUUGAUACAGACAAGUUCUUGCUGCAAGCAGAUACCAAGUUUUAUCCUCCCAUAUAUUGCACAUCCAUAAGAAUCCCCCAAAUUGAUCGUUGCAUCCGAUUGAAAUUUCCCGGCUGGUUAAGAGCUUUUGCAUUUCAGAAACGAGUGUCUAUGUCAACUUGGGCAUUGGAGAUGUUGGCAAAAUGCCAAGUAACCAUAGAUGAGGAGCUCUCCAACAUGGCAAAUGACAAUUUGACAAGACACAACAAGGUCUUUAUCGAGUUUGAAGAUCAAAAGGGGGCAUGCAUCGCCCAUCAGACACUACUUUCGCAAAGCCAAGGCUGCUUGGACAAGACCUUGAUUGAAGUCCACCCCGAUGACAUUAUAUGGAGAAACAUAUCCCGCAUUGAUGGGAUCGCUUGCAAGUUUGAAAAGUACUUGGUGACAUUGAUAUUUGUCACCGUUGUUAUAUUGUACGUUGUUCCAGUGUCGCUCAUCGGUUUGGUUUCGCAAAUACCAUUACUCACCAAGCUCAUGCCAUUUCUCAACUGGAUUUACCAACUCCCUGAAGAGGCAAGGGAAACGAUAUCGGGGUUUCUUCCAUCAAUCUUGCUCACUGUUCUCACUGAAAUGGUUGUAAUGUUGUUCAGAUUCCUCUCAUAUUUCAAAGGCAAAGCAACAGGAAGUGAGAUUGAGAUGGACUUGCAACGGUGGUAUUUUGCAUUUUUAUUUGUUCAGCAAUUCCUCGUCGUCACCAUUCUGUCAAGUGUCACUGUGAUUUGCAGACAAAUCAUCGACCAACCAACUUCCAUCCCGGUCUUGUUGGCAACAAACUUGCCCAAAUCGGCAACAUUCUUUUUCCAGUACAUUUGCCUACGAGCAUUUGCCCUUUGUGGGAACAGCUUCCUCAGGAUAAAACAAUUGGUGCUAAUCAACACAUGGUACAAAUGGGUCGACAUCACACCACGACAAAAGUUCACCAGACUCACCACCCUUCCCAAAAUCAAAUGGGGCACCACUUUUGCAGUGUACUCAAUCUAUGCAUGCAUCGGGAUCUCAUAUUCAAUUAUCUCCCCACUCAUUUCCAUAUUCAUCAUUUUUUUUCUCAACUUGUCCAUAUUGUACUACAAGUACGCCUUGAAGUAUGUUUUCAGUCACAUCAACUGCUCUGAGACCAUGGGAAGACUAUACCCUAGCGCAUUGUUACAUUUGUAUGUUGGCAUCUACUGUCUUGAAUGUUGCUUGAUUGGAGUAUUUUUCGUCCUGAAAGAUUCGCGAGGAUCUCAUCCUUUGAGAUACCAAGGAUUCAUAAUGACUUGGGUAUUGUUUUUCACAAUAUUUGCAAACACAUUGAUCUAUAAUCGUUACAUUCCCUACUUUUCAAAUUUGCCAAUUUUAUCGGAUAAAAUGUACAGAAUUGACAAGAAAUGCGAAACUUCAGCCACUAGCACAAAGAUCGACACUAAUCAUGACGUGUUGUUCUUGCAUCCUGCAUUCAAGUAUGAGGCUCCCAAAGUUUGGUUGCCAAAGGACCCCAAUGGGUUUACUGACUUGCAGCUUGGACAAUUGCAGUCGAAAAUGACGACAUUGGUAGGGCAAACAGACGGGGCAUACGCAUCAUUGGGGAGAUUAUUGAGUUUGAAAGUUGUAGUGUCUGAUGCUCCACCAGACUACAAGUGA